AUGGGGCAGUGCUACGGGAAGGCGGGCGGCGGGUCGUCGCGGGCGGACCACGACGCCGACCUCGCGGGCGCGGGGGCGGUCGCGCCGCCGUCCCCGCUCCCGGCCAACGGCGCGCCGCAGACGCCGCAGCCCACCUCGCGCAGGCAACGCAAGUCCGGAUCGACCACGCCGGUGUACCACCAGGCGGCGACGCCCGGCGGCGCCGCCUGGCCCAGCCCGUACCCGGCCGGAGGCGCCAGCCCGCUCCCCGCGGGCGUGUCGCCGUCGCCCGCCCGGUCCACGCCGCGGAGGUUCUUCAAGCGGCCCUUCCCGCCACCCUCGCCCGCCAAGCACAUCAAGGCCACGCUCGCCAAGCGGCUCGGCGUGGGCAAGCCCAAGGAGGGCACCAUACCGGAGGAGGGCGGAGUCGGGGCUGGCGCCGGCGCGGCUCCUGGGGCCGCGGAUUCCGCCGAGGCCGAGCGCCCGUUGGACAAGACGUUUGGCUUCGCCAAGAACUUUGGGGCCAAGUACGACCUCGGGAAGGAGGUCGGGAGGGGCCACUUUGGCCACACCUGCUCCGCCGUCGUCAAGAAGGGCGAGUUCAAGGGCCAUACCGUCGCCGUCAAGAUCAUCUCCAAAGCUAAGAUGACAACGGCCAUUUCCAUUGAAGAUGUUCGUAGGGAGGUCAAGAUUUUGAAAGCUCUAUCAGGGCACAAUAAUCUCGUCAAAUUCUAUGAUGCAUGUGAGGACGCCCUCAAUGUCUACGUUGUCAUGGAAUUAUGUGAAGGUGGAGAGUUGCUAGAUAGAAUUUUAGCCAGAGGUGGGAGAUAUACAGAAGAAGAUGCCAAAGCGAUCGUUGUACAGAUUUUGAGCGUAGUGGCCUUCUGUCAUCUUCAGGGAGUAGUGCAUCGUGAUUUGAAGCCAGAGAAUUUUCUUUUCUCAACAAGAGAUGAAAGCGCUCCUAUGAAGUUGAUUGACUUUGGUCUGUCUGAUUUUAUUAGACCAGAUGAAAGGCUCAAUGAUAUUGUUGGAAGUGCAUAUUAUGUCGCUCCGGAGGUCCUACACAGAUCGUACAGUAUGGAAGCAGACAUUUGGAGUAUAGGUGUCAUAACAUACAUUCUGCUCUGUGGCAGUAGGCCAUUUUGGGCAAGGACAGAAUCUGGGAUCUUCCGGUCCGUGUUGAGGGCUGAUCCCAACUUUGACGAUUCACCAUGGCCUUCAGUAUCAGCUGAAGCUAAGGAUUUUGUGAAGAGAUUUCUGAACAAGGAUUACCGCAAAAGAAUGACAGCUGUCCAAGCAAUGACUCACCCUUGGUUACGAGAUGAACAAAGACAGAUUCCAUUGGACAUACUCAUUUUCAGAUUAGUUAAGCAAUAUCUUCGUGCUACUCCUCUUAAACGUUUGGCAUUAAAGGCACUGUCUAAGGCUUUAAGGGAGGAUGAACUUUUGUAUCUUAGAUUGCAGUUUAAGCUGCUUGAACCCAGAGAUGGGUUUGUAUCACUCGACAACUUUCGGACGGCUCUGACAAGAUACUUAACUGAUGCUAUGAGAGAAUCAAGGGUUCUUGAGUUUUUGCAUGCGCUGGAACCACUUGCAUACAAAAAGAUGGACUUUGAAGAAUUCUGUGCUGCAACAAUCAGCCCAUACCAGCUCGAGGCUUUGGAAACGUGGGAAGAAAUUGCUGGAACAGCUUUUCAGCACUUCGAACAGGAGGGCAACCGAGUUAUAUCGGUUGAGGAGUUAGCACAGGAACUAAAUCUCGCGCCGACUCAUUACUCCAUCGUGCAAGAGUGGAUCAGAAAGUCGGACGGCAAGCUUAACUUUCUUGGGUUUACCAAAUUUUUGCAUGGUGUCACGAUACGGGGCUCAAAUACAAGACGACACUAA